AUCUUUGACCAAACUUUUUCAGACUCGGAAGCAAAUCUCACGCAAAACUCAGAUUGACAGCAAGUGGAAGCGAGAUGCAGGCAGAGACAUCGGAAGUUGUUGUUGAACUUGAAGACCCUGUUGUUAACAUCAUCACCGAAACAUUGCACAGCUCGCUCACAAUCGGUGAUGAGAAUGUUGAAAACACGAACAGUAUGACGGAAAGUUCUCACGGCGAUGAAUACAACUUGCAAGUUCCCCCGAGAAACUCGAGCGACAUGUCGCAGAAUGUGGGCCACUCCCAUGGUGGGUUGAACGCAAACUCUCCUGUCACCACAGGAACCCCCGUCGUGGUGGGAAACCCAGUGAGCAUGGCGAUUGCAAUGAUGGACCAAAAUUGCUGCCAGCAGUGUUGCUCUUGUUCUUGUGUCCCCAACCUAGAUCUCAAGAGUCGGAAUCAAGCAAGAAUAUCGAGCAUCGUGCUAGCUGUCAUCGUGCUUGUUCAAUGCGUAGGCAGCGACGUGCUUGCAAGCAAGCUCGCCAUGCAGGGAUCAGCCUACCCUUCCUCCCCUCAGGGCUCGGCCAAUCACACGGAGCUUGUCUUGGACGCUCCUCUCCUCUAUGUCAACGGCUGCAUCUCAAGCGGCCACCCACCUAGCAGGGUCUACAUGGCAAUAGCCUUCUUGUUUGUGUCGGCUGCCAUCACUUUGGUAUUCACCGUGCGGUAUCUGGUUCUCGCUCAAGGAGCUGGGUUGUGCUGUGCAGCCGGUCACUGCGGCAAAGUGCUGACGGUCCAGAUGAUCCUGGGGCUGAGCAUUUUCUCGCUCAUCCUCUCCCUUCCCCUCUACACCUGGAUGUUGUGGCAUCUACUGCAAGACACCUUCCAGUGCCAAACCUGUCUGGCCAAGACGCUGCCGACGUACGAGCUGCAGUCGGCAUGCGCGGCGAAACUCUCAAUCGGAAGCGAGAUCACUGGGUUGAGCAGCGCUGCAGGAGCUUUAAGUGUUGUUGCGAUCCUUAGCGCAGCCCGAUAUUGCGUCCUCGUCCCCUCUGCGCUUCAUGAGGCCAUGGCGUUCAAAGCACAAGGCAUUCUGUAUGCCCAUCAGGUCAAUCAAUACUUUGCAAGAAGAGUCUUCUAAUAGCUUCUUGCGACGCACCAAAAGGAUUUUGUCGAUGCUAGACUUGCGAGUCUUGCUGUUGGCCUUUUAGUCGCUGUGUUCCUAUAGGAUUAGUUUUCAUCUCACUUUAUAUCCCUUCUGGUCUUUCAUAUAAUUUUUCCGAUCCAACAUAGAUAGUACACUAGAGCUCGUGA